AUGGUGAGUGUGCUGUGGAUCGUCUUUUUCCUGUUGUAUUGCUUUGCGUAUGCGCAGGAGUCGCCAAAGGUGGGCUGGGAAAAGAUUAUUUUUUUUGAGGGACACCGCAAGAUGCCGGCCGCGCCUUCACCUUUUCACCGUCACUCACACGCCAUGGAGAAAACGGGGGUGCGUAGCCGUCUGUUGCUGCAUUGGGUUCGGGGCGCGUGGUUGGUAGUCUGGUGUCGAGGGGAUUUUUUUUUUUCACGCCUGUGCGAGAGACUGAAGGCAUCGACUGUUCCCUCACCUCUUCGUUCUUGCUGCUUUCGUGCUUUACUGGAUGCUGCGCCUCAGUUAGACAUGGUUCUGCUGGGGGCUAUUCCUGUUUCGUGGAAGUGUGAGUGGAGCACGGCCGAUGCUUCAGGGUGUGCGCCUUCGCACGUUGUGCCCUCCUUUUGGCUGUUAAUAAACCACAGCUGCUGGCAGUGCCGUCUGACUGUCUGUCUGUGUGGGUGGGAGGAGGAGGAGUGGCGGCCCGCAUUUUUGGUAGGGCCACCCAACGCAUCUUCCCCUGCCGCCUCGUUUCCCCCCCAGCCAGACCCCAAAAUGAGAGGCCGUUUUCUGCUGCUGCGGCUGCCAGGGGACGAUUCCACCGGAGCUGCUCAUGCGAGGCGUGCGCGUGUAUUAUUUUCCCAUCCUUUUUUGGCGACCGCUGCGUGGCCCGUCAGUGAACGCGCCGUAGACCACUCCUCAGAGAGGGCGGGGCGGCCAGCACUGGGAGAAUCUUGGGCGGCGCGACACGGAGAUUUUUUGGGCGCUUAA